AUGGCUGUGUCAAAAUCAACUAAUACAUACAAUCGACAGAAUUGGGAAGACUCCGACUUUCCAAUUUUAUGUCAGACAUGUCUCGGUGAUAACCCCUAUAUUCGUAUGACCAAAGAAAAAUAUGGCAAAGAGUGUAAAAUUUGUUGUCGUCCAUUUACUGUCUUCCGUUGGUGCCCUGGUUCGAGAAUGCGUUUCAAGAAAACAGAGAUAUGUCAGACAUGUUCUAAAUUAAAAAAUGUUUGUCAAACAUGCCUCUUGGAUUUGGAAUAUGGGUUACCUAUUCAAGUUAGAGAUGCUGCUCUCAAGAUUCAAGAUGAUCUACCGCGUAAUGAAGUCAACAAAGAGUAUUAUAUUCAAAAUUUAGAUAGUCAAAUGUCAAAGGUUGAUCCAACCCAGCCCAGUAACUCUGCUUUAAAAUCUAAAGGUGCUUCUGACCUGUUAUUGCGCUUGGCAAGAACUGCACCUUAUUAUAAAAGAAAUAGACCACAUGUUUGCUCAUUUUGGGUGAAAGGGGAAUGCAGAAGAGGGGAAGAGUGUCCAUAUAGGCACGAAAAACCAACAGACCCUGAUGAUCCAUUGGCUGAUCAAAACAUAAAAGACAGAUAUUAUGGUGUGAAUGAUCCUGUAGCUGAGAAGUUGAUGCGUAGAGCAGCGGCCAUGCCCGCUUUACCACCACCAGAAGAUCGGACAGUUACAACACUUUACAUUGGCAACUUGCCUGAAAAUAUCACCGAGGAUGAACUCAAGGGACAUUUCUACCAAUAUGGGGAGAUAAGAUGUUUGACCCUUGUGCCAAGAGCUCAGUGUGCAUUUGUGCAGUACACAACACGGAGUGCAGCUGAACAUGCUGCUGAAAAGACUUUCAACAGAUUGGUCAUUGGAGGGAAAAGACUCACUAUCAAAUGGGGCAAGUCUCAAGGUCGCCAAGGCGCAAAUGAGAAGAAUGAAACAGAGCCAGUAUUGGAGCCCGUGCCUGGAUUGCCUGGAACUUUGCCACCUCCACCACCCGCCUUCCUACAUCCAUUCCCACCGCAGAUGCCGCCGCCGCCGAGCCGGCCGAACGACUUCUUCAACCUGCAGCACUACACGGGGCCGGGCUGGGGCUGGGCCGCGGCCGCGCCGCCCGGCCUGCACUACCCCAGCCAGGACCCCGCGCGCCUCGGCGCACACGCGCACGCCAACGCGCCGCAGCCCUAG